AACAUAGACGUGAAAACCUCUUGUCUUGUUGUCUUGCCAGAGUUCACCUCCUCUAACUGGAACACGCACGCAAGUGUCAAUUUGGUGUAAUAGACAGAAAAUGGGUCUGGACUGUUGCUGCAAAUUCCUCAAAUGCAUCGUUUUUCUCAUCAACAUUCUAAUAACUUUUGUAGGAGUCGCAGUAUUGGCUCUCGCAGCGUUGGCGAUUAUUAACAGUAACAGUUUAGAUCCCACAAAGGACGAUUACACAAUGUUGUUCAAGAUUUGUGUUACCGUCAUCGUCAUGGGCAGCUUACUGACUAUCGUUGGCUUCAUCGGGUGUUGCGGGGCCGCGUUCGAGAAUCAAUGCCUUCUGGGAACAUUCGUCUGCUUGAUGAUCACUGCCUUGGCAUUGGACGUGGCAGCAGCCAUCAUAGUUGAUAGUCGUGCCACAGAGAUAAUUUCCGAGAGCGAAGGCGUCGUCAAAAGCUUUUUUACGGAUCUGGCUGCAAACGUGGAAAGGGCCGACUUGUUUCAACUGGGUUUUAGGUGCUGUGGUGUCGAAAGUUAUAAGGACUGGACAAAGGCCAAAUUAAGUAUUCCACUUUCCUGUUGUAAAUCUGAAGACAACAAUUGCAACUCCGCGGCACCUAUUAUAGGAUUUUUAACUCCAUCAGACUUGUUUAAAGAGGGCUGCGUUUCGGUCUUCAAAACAAAGAUAUCGACAAUCCUUGAAAAUUCAACAACAGUGCUAGCUAUUGUUGGAAUCAUAGAAGCCUUCGCGAUGAUCACUUCUCUAGGUCUCUGCUGCCAUAUUAGAAAAGCUGGUUAUUAAUUUCGAUAACUAUACAUACUUGAUAGUUUUUUUUAGUUACCUGUAUGGAAGGCAUACCUUUAUCACAUUCUUGUCAAUCUGACACUUCGUAAUGCAAAAUUAUGAUUCCAUUGUAAGAAACGUUAAUUUUUUUCCAUUUUCUAAUUCUACUGGCAGUACUCAAGUUGACCUUUUACUUGUAGUUCAGGUGAUUAAUGGGCGUAUUUGCUGUAGACAUAAAAGUAUUAUUACACUGCAUAUGUUAUUAACUUGGUUGUCAAAGACGUUAAAAAUUAUUUUUCAGUUUUUGAAAUUGACACCGCACGCUGUACAAAUGCGGUUGUAUUGCGUGGAUGUGUUGUUUCCUUGUUCGAUAUUUUGUGCUUGCGGUGGAAAUACCACCAAUAAAUCCGGCCUUUUGUUACCGAAUGCAAAAGAAA